AUUGCUAAUGUGUCCAGAUAGUAAUUUUAAUAUCUGUACUGGUUGGACUCAAGAAUGGAUAUCUUCAAAAAAAUUUCAAAAAGAUAAAUAUCUUGAUAUACAAGAAAUAGUACGUGGACCAUUUUCUUCACCAAGAUUAUUAAAAACUCGUCCAUUUAUAGUGUUUUCGUCUUGUCCACAACAAAAUGAAAAAAAUUAUUGCAAUAUACGUCGAGGUAUACCUGAUACUUGGAAAGAAUAUCUAGCGUGUAAAGGUUUUUGUAAUACAAUAGAAAAAUAUAUAUUGCAAAAAAAUUUAAUAUCUUCUUGUGUUAGAUAUUUUGCCACUGAUAAAAUAUGGACUGAUACAGGUUUACAUUUUACACAAGGAAUUCCUGAUCCAUGGAAAUGUAAGUCUGUGACAACAAGCCAAUGCAUUAAAUAUCCACGAGCGCAAUGUUCUCGCGCCAAAAAUAUUUGUUCUACUCGAAUGGCAAAUAUAUAUGACGGAGACGAUGAAGCAGAAAUAGAACUCAGUGAACAGUUUAAUAAAGAUCAUAUUGACAAUAAAAAAGAUUCUCUUCAAGAAGAACGAAAUAAAUCAAAUCAUUUGCCAACUUCAAACAAAGAAUUUAAAAUAUUAAAAAAUAAUACGGAACAAAUUAAAAAAGAAAAAAAAAAUACUAAUCAAUUAGUUUUAGAUAAGAAUUCAAAAUUAGUAUCUAAUCAGAAAAAGCAUAGAGAAAAAAUAAAAAUGGAAAAUACUGAAUUUAAUAAAACUGAAUUAAAUAAAACUAUUCUUAAACCUCAAGAAAUCAUAUCUAACAAAAAUAAAAAAAAAAAUAUUAAAAUAAAUGUUGAUGAAAAACAAUUUUCGUCAAAAAUACAUUCAAAUGAUUUAAAAAUUAAAACAAAUAAUAAAAAAGAAGUUCAAACUAUUCCAACAAGAGUUGCAAAUGAAGCUGUGCAAACUAAUACAAUUCAAAAAGAAAAAACUGAGCAAGUACAAGAUUCGUUUUUUGUAAAUCAAGGAAACGUUAAUACUGUCUGUUGCAAUUGUAUAUUACAAAAUUAUAUACUUUCAUGUAUAAAACAUUUUUCUAAUUUUGCAAACUUAUUAAAAGACGUAAAUCUAUCAAAUCACAUAUUAUGUCAAAAUUGCGAAAAUAUUUAUUGCAGAAAUAAUUCCCAAAGAUUAAUUUCCGCUGUGAAAGAGCUAGAAUUUUGUACUCCAGAUCCAGAAAAAUUUUCAAAACAGAACAAAAUUUACAAUUGGACAAAAUUAAAACUGUGUGCUUGCAUGCAAAAAGCUAAAAAACAAUUCGAGAAACGAAACAGAUUAGAAAAAUGUAUGAAAACAAACAAUUCGAUUAUUUCUAAACAAAAUCUAAAACUAAUAUGUCAUCAUUGCGAUAGUCCUUACUUAAAAAUUAUAAAAAUUAAUAAUGCAAAUACUUAUGAUCGAAAAACAUAUUCAUGUAUUUGUAAAAAAACCUUGAAUACAUCAAAGAACGAACAAAAUAAAACUAAAGAUUGUACUUCACAACAUUCAAUUGCAAAAAGACGAAGAAAUCGAGAUUCCAAGAACUGUUAUACGUGCAAUGAAAACAUAAAGCAUGUUUCUAAGAAUGACCUCGAAUGGACGUCACAUUUAAUGGUUACUGAAUGUGAAAAAGAUAGAACAAAAAAAUGUGAUCAUAGAUUCCCGAAAAAAAAUAAUUACGAUGAUAAUAUUUUAAAAUUAGAAAUUCCAGAAAUUAGAAUUAAUAAUGAAGAAGACAUUCGAAAUUGUUCUCAAAUAUAUGAUAAUAAUAUGAUAUAUGAAAAUAUAAUCAAAAUGCAAAAAAUGCAAAAAAAUCUUCAAUGUAAUCAAUUGUUUAUUGAUAAUGAAAAAAAUGAAAAAAAAUAUAAAAAAAAAAUAUUGAAAGAUAAAUGUUUUAAUGUUAUAAAUACUGCGACUAAUACUAAUGAAGAAAUUAAAGUUCAAUUUUCAAAACAAAUUCAAUGCUCAAAAUUAGACAAAACUUUAUAUUCUGUAACAGAUAGUGGAGAAUAUGCAGACAUAUCUGAUAACAUAUCUGGAUUUUAAUGUAAAAAUCAAAUGUCAGUGACUUCAAUAAACACAAUGAUUAUUACAAUUCCAAUAUUGAGACAACUAAGAGAAAAAAAUUUUAAAUUAUAAUAAAUUAUAAAUCAUCGGAAAAAAUCAUAUCAUAUAUAUAGAUUUUGAAUUUUAAAAAUCAAAAACAGAAUCAGACAUAAUAUCGAAAUA